UGAGGAAAAGGAGGCUCACUCCUGCUCUCACCUUGAGCUUUGGUCGCCGUAGCUCGUCGUCCAAAAGCGCAAGAUAGAGCAGGCGAGCUUGCUGCAGAUCGCGUGCUGCUGCGGGGCUGCGUGCGUGGUGGCAGAUUGCUUCUCUCGGCUUGUUGGAAUUGUGUGAGUGAGUGAGGAUUGAUGGAGCGAACGGGGGAGCGGAGGGGCGAGACGCGAGGGCGAGGCGCGUAUAGCGAGGAGGUGUAUGAACGAGGGAAGAGAAGCCGGGAGGAUGAUGGCCGGGACGAUUGGCGCGGGGGCGGGGGCGUGAAGCGGUCGGUGCGGGUUGGCGAGCGAGGCGGAUUUCGGAGUGGUGGAGAUUUUCGGUCUAUGUCGAGGUCUAGGUCGAGGUCCAGAGAGAUAGAGCGAGAGCGUGUAGGGAAAGAGGCGGAGGAUGGUGAGCGGAAGGGUGAGCGCAGACGGAGGUCUUCUUUCGAAUAUGACUCUGAUGAUUGGCGCACGGAGAAGAGGAGGCGGUAUCAUCGUGAAUUGGACAGUAGUCGGCAUUAUCACGGGUCCAGAGGGGGCCGCGAUAGGCAGUGGAUUGGUAGAGUGGAUUACGACCGGCGGGAGCGAUUUGUUGCACCGUCUCGCGAUCGCGACAGGGAAGGUGAGCGGUCGCAUGUUGGAAAGGAGAGAAUUAAGGAUGGGGUGGAGGACUCGAAAGUGGAGUUGGAAAAUGGACAGAAUGGGGACAAUGAAGAAGAGGAGAAGGCGCGUACUUAUCAGCUUGAAGUACUAGCACAAGCGAAGAUGAAGAAUACCAUCGCAUUCCUUGAAACAGGCGCUGGGAAGACCCUGAUUGCGGUGCUAUUGAUGAAGCAUAAGUACCAGGUGUUGCGGGAGCAGGGAAGGCGUAUGCUCGCCGUCUUUCUCGUCCCCAAAGUACCACUUGUCUACCAGCAAGCAGAGGUGAUUCGCAACGGCACAAAUUUCGUUGUUGGACAUUAUUGCGGGGAAAUGGGUCAAGAUUUCUGGGAUGCUCGGAGGUGGCAGCGAGAAUUCGACACCAGAGAUAUUUUUGUAAUGACCGCACAGAUUCUCUUGAACAUCCUUAGGCACAGCAUUGUAAGAAUGGAAGCUAUUCACCUACUCAUUUUAGACGAGUGUCACCAUGCCGUGAAGAAACAUCCUUACUCGUUGGUGAUGUCUGAAUUCUAUCAUGUUACACCUAAAGACAAACGACCGUGUGUUUUUGGGAUGACAGCGUCGCCCGUGAAUCUUAAAGGAGUGUCGAAUCAGGAGGAUUGUGCAAUAAAGAUUCGAAACUUAGAAAGUAAACUGGAUUCGAUAGUGUGCACAAUUAAGGAUCGGAAGGAGCUUGAGAAGCACGUGCCCAUGCCAUCAGAGAUAAUGGUCCUAUAUGAUAAGCCGGCCUUGCUUUUCUCAUUGCGGGAGGAGAUAAAACUGAUGGAGUCUACUGUAGAGGAGGCUGCUAAUGCAAGUGUCAGACGCAGCAAAUGGAAAUUCAUGGGCGCUCGGGACGCGGGUGCUAAAGAGGAAUUGCGUCUCGUAUAUGGUGUUGCAGAGAGGACAGAAAGCGACGGCGCAGCUAGUCUUUCUCAAAAGCUCAGAGCUAUUAUAUAUGCGCUUGAUGAGUUGGGUCAAUGGUGUGCAUACAAGGUUUCUCUCACAUAUCUUACGAGUCUACGUAAUGAUGAAAGAAUUAGUCAUCAAUUAGAUGUAAAAUUUCAAGAGAUGUACUUGAAGAAGGUUUGCGCCCUUCUGCGCUGCAAUCUACAUGAAGGCGCUGUAGCUAGUAAAGCUCCUGCUGAAAUUGGAGAGUCUGUGGCUGUUGAGGGCGAUAAAGCACAAGAUCCAAUGGAUGUGGAAGAAGGAGAGCUUCCUGACUCUCAAGCGGUAUCAGUUGGUGAACAUGUGGAUGAGAUCCUUGGAGCUGCUGUAGCAGAUGGAAAGGUGACUCCGAAGGUGCAGUCCCUAAUUAAGAUCUUGCUACGGUAUCAGCACACCGAUGACUUCCGAGCUAUCAUAUUUGUAGAGCGGGUAGUUGCCGCGCAGGUGUUGCCCAAGGUCUUCGCAGAAUUGCCUUCAUUGAAGUUUGUGAAAUGUGCCAGUCUGAUAGGGCAUAACAACAAUCAAGAUAUGCGGACACGGCAGAUGCAGGAGACAAUUUCCCAGUUUCGAGAUGGACGGGUGACGUUGCUGGUGGCUACAAGCGUGGCUGAGGAGGGAUUAGAUAUUCGCCAAUGUAAUGUGGUCAUUCGUUUUGAUCUCGCCAAAACUGUGCUAGCUUACAUUCAGUCUCGUGGUCGUGCUCGGAAGCCGGGUUCAGAUUACAUUCUCAUGCUUGAGAGAGGAAAUCAGCAACAUAAGGUGUUUUUGCGGAAUGCAAAAAACAGUGAGGAGACUUUACGGAAGGAGGCCAUUGAAAGAACUGAUCUGGGUGAAAGGAGAGAAAAUGCAAUUCUGGCCUCCAUGGAUUUAGGGGAUAGGGAGAUUUACCAGGUGCCAGCCACUGGGGCAGUAGUGAGCAUGAACUCAGCUGUAGGUCUUAUUCACUUCUACUGCUCUCAGCUUCCUAGUGACAGGUACUCUAUUUUGCGCCCCGAGUUUAUCAUGAACAAGAUUGAGAGUCAAGGGGGUGCUGUAAGAUAUUCAUGCAAACUUCAGUUGCCUUGCAAUGCUCCACUUGAGAAUGUUGAUGGGCCAGAAUGCAAUUCGUUACGAGGAGCGCAGCAGUCUGUGUGCUUGGAGGCAUGUAAAAGACUUCAUGAGAUGGGGGCCUUUACCGACAUGCUACUACCUGAUAAAGGUAGUGGGGAAGAGGCUGCAAAGGUGGAGGGUAGUGAAGAAGGAGAGCCUCUUCCUGGCACAUCCCGCCAUCGAGAAUACUAUCCUGAGGGCAUUGCCGAUAUACUGAAGGGCGAUUGGAUUUUGGCUGAUAAAGAUCCCGAUGCUAAACCAGGCAGCAAUGUAUUAGUAUAUGUAUACAUGGUCAAAUGUGAAAAUGUUGGCUUUUCGAAAGACAAUCUAUUGACUGAGACAUCUGAUUUCGUCAUACUCGUUGGUCAAAAGCUCCAAGAUGAGGUGUUAGACAUGACAAUGGAUCUUUUUGUUGCACGAACAAUGAUUACUAGAGCGUCUCUCGAGUUUUGUGGUAACUUGGACUUGAGUCUACACGAGUUGACUGACCUCAAGAGUUUUCAUGUGAGGCUUAUGAGCAUUGUUUUAGACGUCAAUGUCGAUCCAGCAACUACUCCUUGGGAUCCUGCUAAAGCGUACCUUUUUGCGCCAGUUGCGCAUAAAGUUGAUUCCGAUCCUUUAGAGAUGGUGGAUUGGGGCUUGGUGAGAAAGACGAUAGAAACAGAUUCGUGGAGCAAUCCAUUGCAGCGCGCACGGCCUGAUGUAUAUUUAGGAACUGAUGAACGUGCUCUCGGCGGAGAUCGUAGGGAGUACGGAUUUGGAAAGCUGCGAUGCGGCUUGGCCUUCGGUCAAAGAGCACAUCCAACUUAUGGAAUUCGUGGUGCGGUAGCCCAAUUUGAUGUGGUGAAAGCCACAGGUCUUCUCUCUUCUCAAGAUAUUGUGGAGAAGACAGUUGUCCAGGAAGUACCCCCAGAGGGCAAGCUGCUGAUAGCGGAUGGUUUUGUUGAAGUCGAAGGAUUGGUUGGACGGAUUGUUACUGCGGUGCACUCAGGAAAGAGGUUUUAUGUGGAUUCAGUGCGCUUCGACAUGACAGCUGAUAGCUCUUUUCCUCAAAAGGAUGGGUACCUUGGUCCGUUGGAAUACACAUCUUACGCUGAUUAUUACAAACAAAAGUAUGGGGUCGAGUUGGUUUGCAAGAAACAGCCUCUGUUGAGGGGUCGUGGGGUUUCUCAUUGCAAAAAUUUAUUGUCGCCACGUUUUGAGACCUCUACUGGUGGAACACUCGACUCUCUGGAUGCCUUGGAUAAGACGUAUUAUGUGAUGCUGCCACCUGAGCUUUGCCUUAUACAUCCUCUUCCGGGAUCCUUGGUGAGAGGCGCACAAAGAUUGCCAUCGGUCAUGAGACGUGUAGAGAGCAUGUUGCUUGCCAUACAACUAAAGCACCAAAUCGAUUACCCUAUUGCUGCUUCGAAGGUUUUGGAGGCAUUGACAGCUGCGUCUUGUCAAGAGACCUUCAGCUAUGAGCGUGCAGAACUUCUUGGAGACGCGUACCUGAAAUGGGUUGUUAGUCGUCGAUUGUUCCUGAAGUAUCCUUGUAAACAUGAGGGGCAGCUUACACGUAUGAGACAGCAGAUUGUCAGUAAUUCUGUCCUGUAUCAAUAUGCUCUUGAUAAAGGACUUCAGAGUUACAUUCAAGCCGACCGCUUCGCACCAUCCCGGUGGGCCGCACCGGGGGUGCCUCCUGUGUUUGAUGAGGAUAUAAAAGAUGGCGAUGAUUCAGACAAAUCUUUGAAGGCUGAAGCUUCAAGAGAAGUUGUGGAGAUCGUCAGUGAGGAAGGUGAAAUUGUCGUCAAGGAGCUGAGUACCGAAAGUGCAAGCAUGGAAGAUGGUGAAAUUGAAGGUGAUUCCAGCGCCUAUCGAGUGUUGUCAAGUAAAACACUGGCAGAUGUAGUCGAAGCAUUCAUAGGAAUAUACUAUGUGGAGGGGGGCCAGGACGCUGCAACCCACUUGAUGAAUUGGAUAGGCAUCCCCGUUGAGUUUGAUGACGCAGAAGCAGAGUUGGCCAUUGGAGGAUGUGAAGUUCCUGAAACCGUCAUGUUGAGUAUAGACUUCGACUCAUUAGAGGCAAGUAUUGGCCAUAAAUUUCGUAAGCGAAGCCUGUUGGUAGAAGCCAUAACACAUGCGUCUAGACCAUCGUCGGGAGUUCCUUGCUACCAAAGACUGGAGUUUGUGGGGGACGCCGUGUUGGACUAUCUAAUUACCCGUUUCCUAUUCUUCAAAUACACUGAUUUACCGCCAGGUCGAUUGACCGAUUUGCGAGCUGCUGCAGUGAAUAAUGAGAAUUUCGCACGUGUUGCCGUGAAGCACUCGUUUCACCUUCAUUUGCGGCAUGGUUCUAGUGCCUUAGAGACGCAGAUACGCAACUUUGUGAAUGAUAUACAGACCGAAUUAGAUAAGCCUGGAGUUAACUCUUUUGGACUCGGAGAUUUUAAGGCCCCUAAAGUGCUGGGCGACAUUCUCGAGUCCAUUGCAGGAGCUCUAUUCCUGGAUGCUUGUCUAGAAACAGACCAUGUGUGGAAGGUUUUUGAGCCCUUAUUACAGCCGAUGGUGACCCCUGAAACAUUGCCGAUGCAUCCAGUACGAGAGUUGCAGGAGCGUUGUCAACAACAAGCUGAAGCUUUGGAGUAUAAAGCGUCACGUGCAGGUAACGUUGCAACUGUGGAGGUUUAUGUGGACGGUGUACAGAUUGGAUCUGCGCAAAAUGCUCAGAAGAAAAUGGCGCAGAAAUUAGCUGCUCGUAAUGCGUUGGUCAUAUUGAAGGAAAAGGAGGUAACGAAAGAAAAAUCCGAAGCAGAGAAUAGUGAGGCCAAUAAUGGAAAAUCCAGUAAGAAUGGCCAUACCAAUUUCACUCGCCAAACGCUUAAUGACCUUUGCUUAAAGAGACAGUGGCCUAUGCCGCAGUACAGGUGCGUCUUGGAAGGAGGGCCAGCGCACGCUAAGAAAUUUACGUUUUCUGUCCGUGUGCUUACCACCACGGAUGGAUGGACUGAAGAAUGUGUUGGAGAUCCCAUGCCGAGCGUGAAGAAAGCCAAAGACUCUGCAGCACUUUUACUUCUGGCUUUACUGAAGCGUUCUUAGUUUAUGGGUAAUAGUGAUAUACACUACCAAAGUAAUUCGAGUUAUCAGUAAACUCACGAGAUCAAAUAUCUGGUUUUGGACAAUCUAGGAUUGAAUCCAUAGCGCCCUGUUGACAGCAAAUUACAUAUCAAUGAUUUGCAGCUGCGAUAUACACCCAUUACAAGGUUUGGAUAGCACUAGCGCCAGCUUGUCUAAGACAUGGCAAUUGGCAGAGUCUUCACGUUGGGUACACAAUAUUUAUUGCGUAAGUAUUCGAUUAGAAGGAUGGAUUACACAAUUCGUCAAUCCGUACUAUAUGAAAAAAGUAGGAUUGGUACUUUAGGAAAAAAAUUCCUUCCAGGAAAGCCCAAGUUGCCUUAUUCCUGGUGUAUCCGAGUUUCAGGUACGUGACGCUUUUUUCUUUUAUUAGAGAACUCAUUAUAUGACGAAAGUUGGUAUAAUUCUACCAAUUUACUCUACGUUUUAUCUUUCAAAUUGAAAUGUCGUACACAUCCGGCCAAGUGAGUUUCUCAUGAAA